AUGAAUUCGAGAAGUGACUAUCCGUCCGAGGUGGAGCAGCAAGUGAACCAUAGCAUCGAGAUGCACCUAUCCGGUGAGUAUACGUACCAUAGUCUGUCUUCUUUGUGCUUGUCGGACAGCGUGGCGUCGCCGGAGUUCAGCGAAUUCUUUCGCUUCUGCGGCUGCCGCAUGCGCCGGGCAGCGGAUCUCUUGAGGGGCUACCAGACGACCCGAGGCGGCAAGUACCCUAGCAACGAGUCGUCCAGUUCCGGUCUGAAAAGUUUGGUUCAAAUCCCCAACCCUAGCCAGUAUGAGUCAAAGAGCAGCGAGUUCAUCGGCCAUCUCAUCGACUUGGCCAUUGAGAUGGAGCGACAAACGGAGCACCAGCUUCGCAGCCUGUGCCACCAGUCGUCUGUAAGUCAGGACUCGAGCACGCCCUGCUUUGUGCAGAAGCGUCUACUCAAGAGCCAGCGCUUCGCCAUCAAGUCUCUCGUCAUGCACCAGACGGGCCUGCGCCAGAGCCAGGACAUCAGUCUCUAUCGAAGCAUCGUGAUGCAUCCACUCAUCAGCAAAGUGAACAGUUGCACAAGCCAUUCGGAGUCCUCCUUCCAGACAUCCGGCCCUCGGAGGAGCCAUGAAUCGACCCUUUGCUCCUGUUUACUCUCCCAUCUCAUCGUCAGCUCCCUGAGCAACUAG